GGCAAGACCAGGGAUUCAGCUCCACAGAUUUAAGACUGCUAUGCGGGGGCUCGUCGAGUUAGAAGUCAUUUCGUUGUUGGAUCAGCCGUCAUAUCAUGAUUGUUCUGUCAUGCGUUCUCAUUACUCUCCUUGCUGGCGUACGUGGACAGACACGCACCAAGCACUGUAUGUUGCCUAGUUGUCUUUUGGGCGCUUGUGGUGCAAAUCAGCCGUUAGAUCCACGAGGCCAGCCUAUCAGCAGAACUGAAGCUCAGAUUAAGGCUUCAAAUGAGGGGUAUGAUCCCAUAGGGAUACGAGAAAGAGGAUGUGAGCGGUUCCGCUUGCCCACCCCCAUGAACUAAUGCGUAUAGACAGCAUG